CACAGAGCUUAGCGCGUUCUUGUUUCACUACCACCACCAUGAGCGAAGUUCAAGUUCACUACGACGAAUCCAGAAGCCAUAUUCUCUCCGAAAAAGCAUUGAAAGAAGAAUGGGACACGUUUAUCUUCUACACGCAGCUCAUCCUGCCCGGUAACCUCUUUGUUGGUCUCAACACUGCGGGAUAUGGUCUGAAGCGCUCAGACGUUGCAAGAUGGCUCAGUAUCUUGGCCACUAGUACUCCUUCGAGUCCACCAGACAUUUUCUCUUGCGACAUUCAACCUGCGGGGAUCUUACAAUACUUGCCUACCAAUAUAGCAGAAACAUCCGUCAAUUGGACUACGCCAGCAAACUGGACACCGGGAAACUAUGCAUUCAAAUACCUUCGUUUGUGUGAUGAUUACCUUUACAACUACCCUGCCAGGGAAGUCGUUCAUUGGUUUGUCGGCGACAAGACGCUGACCCCGAAGGGCAUCGCACCUUCCUUCGCGAUCAAACACAAAGAUUCUAGUCUCGAAACAAGUCUGAUUUACAUCCUUCCCCAUGCCGGCUGGUUCGUCGACCGUGACCCUGAUAGCGAUGGUUCCUCGGAGGAGGAGGAGGAGACCAAUCGGCCAAAAAGGAUCAAACAACGGUCUCCUUAUUCUGGAUGGAGAAGCGAUCCAGCGAACGCGAUCAUAUUACCGUCCGCAUUGAUAGAUGACUUCCAUUUGAACAAUUUUGGAUAUGAUAUCGAGGUCAAUCGCUUCAUCGCUUUUCGAGGUAUAUCGCCUUCGUCGGAAGCUCUUCUCCCAGACUGUGAACUAAAGGCGACGACGACACCCGGAAAUAUAGACUGGGCGUACAUUGGACAGCACUUCAGGGUAUGCUUAAGGGUGCAUUGCCACUAUGGCGAUAUUUGUGCUGAACUCGGUUGGAGUAAAAUUGCGGCGAGAGCCCAGAAGUGGGAUAGAGAUGGGAUCCCAGAUUCGGAUCACGAUGUUAUGGACGUCGCUAUCCGUCAGUGGAACCUCCAGACUGCUGCCUACCUUAGUCUCCAUUACUCUGAGGACUCCGACUCGGAGUAGCUAGUGUUUCUUCCUGCAACAGGGUACCGCAAGAAUGUGUAGCUUAGAGACUGUAGAGUAUUUUGUUGCUCGAAAAAAGCCAUGUGGCCA